UCUGGCUCGAGCCUCGGCCCAACAAAAUGGCGGCGGCGGCGGCGGCGCUUUGUUUCCGCGGCUCCUGCAGCGGUGGCUGUGGUAUCGGCCUUUGAGCUGUGGGGAGGAUCCAGCACCAGCUACAGUGACUACUAAGGCUCAGGUCAUUUCUAUCGUAACGGUGCGGUGAGGAGCGCAGAGCGGCGCCCAGCAGUCACAGAAACGUACGCGGCUCUCAAGCGAAAACAUGACCGCUGAGCCCAUGAGAUAACCUUUUUUUCACCACUUCAUAAUAAUUCACAAGCUGCAACCCUUCUGGCGUCCUCUUCCACAUGUAAACUUCAUCUUUUUCAAGUGAAAGCAAGUUGAAUACAUUGGUGCAGAAGCUUCAUGACUUCCUGGCACAGUCAUCUGAAGAAUCUGAAGAAACAAGCUCUCCUCCACGACCUACAAUGCACCAAAGCAUAGAUAAAACCAGUGGUUCUGGAAAUAACUCUGAUAUGAUUGAAAACAGCAGGGAAGAGGGAACUAGCUCUUCAGAAAAAUCCAGAUCUUCAGGAUUGUCACGAUCAAAGAGGAAACCUUCAAUUGUAACAAAGUAUGUAGAAUCUGAUGAUGAAAAACCUUUGGAUGAAACUGUAAAUGAAGAUGCUUCUAAUGAAAAUUCAGAAAAUGAUAUUACUAUGCAAAGUUUGCCCAAAGGUACAGUGAUUGUACAACCAGAGCCAGUGCUGAAUGAAGACAAAGAUGAUUUUAAAGGGCCUGAAUUUAGAAGCAGAAGUAAAAUGAAAACUGAAAAUCUCAAAAAACGCGGAGAAGAUGGGCUUCAUGGGAUUGUAAGCUGCACAGCUUGUGGACAACAGGUCAAUCAUUUUCAGAAAGAUUCCAUUUAUAGACACCCUUCACUGCAAGUCCUUAUUUGUAAGAAUUGCUUUAAGUAUUACAUGAGUGAUGAUAUUAGCCGUGACUCAGAUGGAAUGGAUGAACAAUGUAGAUGGUGUGCAGAAGGUGGAAACUUGAUUUGUUGUGACUUUUGCCAUAAUGCCUUUUGCAAGAAAUGUAUUCUGCGCAACCUUGGUCGAAAAGAGCUCUCUACAAUAAUGGAUGAAAACAACCAGUGGUAUUGCUACAUUUGUCACCCAGAGCCUUUGUUGGACUUGGUCACUGCAUGUAACAGUGUAUUUGAGAAUUUAGAACAGUUACUGCAACAAAAUAAGAAGAAGAUAAAAGUUGAUAAUGAAAAGAGUAAUAAAGUAUAUGACCAUACAUCUAGAUUUUCUCCAAAGAAAAAUAGUGCAAAUUGUAAUGGAGAAGAAAAGAAAUUAGAUGACUCAUGUUCUGGUUCUGUAACCUAUUCUUAUUCAGCACUAACUGUGCCCAAAGAGUUGAUUAAGAAAACAAAAAAGCUAAUUGAGACCACAGCCAACAUGAACUCUAGUUAUGUUAAAUUUUUGAAGCAUGCAACAGAUAUUUCUGAAAUCAAUGCAGCUACAAAGUUACGGCAACUUAAGGCUUUUAAAUCUGUGUUGGCUGAUAUCAAGAAGGCUCAUCUUGCAUUAGAAGAAGAGUUGAAUUCAGAGAUUCAAGCUUUGGACAGUAUCAACAGAGAGAAACAUACCAAAGAGCACAAGGUCAUAGAUACUAAGUCUGAAACAAAAGUACGAAAAGGAGAGAAACCCUGUGCUUUGGAAAGGAAAGACAUUUCCAAAUCAGACACUAAACUGUCAAGAAAACACAUAGAUAGUGAGCACAUGGAUCACAAUGUUGCAACAGAGGAACAAAGAGCAAACAAAAGCAUUAGUGGUGAACAUAAGAAGUCUGAUAGAAAAGAAGAACCUCAAUAUGAACCCACUAACACUGCUGAAGACUUAGAUAUGGAUAUUGUGUCUGUUCCUUCUUCAGUUCCAGAAGACAUUUUUGAGAAUCUUGAGAAUGCUAUGGAAGUUCAUUGUACAGUUGAUUAUCAAGGAGAUGGCAACAGUGGAACUGAGCAAGAACUGGAGCAUUCGCCUGUAAAAUCGAAUAUCCCUUCAAAAGACAACAGAAGAGGUAUUAAAUCAAAAACUACAGCUAAAGUAACGAAAGAAUUGUAUGUGAAACUGACACCUGUUUCCCUUUCUAAUUCCCCAGUUAAAGGUGCUGAUUAUCACGACGUUCCACACGACAAAGAUGACUAUAAAAGUUCUAGUCUAAAUCCCAAGUCAGAGAAACGUGGACCUGGACAGGAAAGCAGUGAUAAUGAGCCUUUGCUUGAAAAUGAGCUUUCAUUACCUUUAGAAGAUUCUGAUCUUCGAAGAUCCCCACGUGUGAAGACUACACCUUUGAGGCGACAGACAGAAACCAACCCUGCAACAUCUAAUUCAGAUGAAGAGAGUCAUGAAACAGUUAAGGAGAAGCAAAAAUUAUUAGUUCCAAUGAGAAAAAAGGAUAAGAGAAAUUCUUCUGACAGUGCUGUGGAUAAUCCAAAACCUACUAAAUUGCCUAAAUCUAAGCAGUCAGAGUUGGUAGAUCCAAAUUCAGAUUCUGAUGAAAUGCUAACAGUCCUCAAAGAAGUAAGCAGGAUGAGUCACAGUUCUUCUUCCGAUACUGAUAUUAAUGAAGUACAUACAAAUCACAAGACUCAAAGGGGGAAAGAUGAUAAAGGAAAAAGGAAACGGAAAAGUUCUACUUCUGGGUCAGAUUUUGAUAUUAAAAAAGGCAAAUCAACUAAAAAUACUAUGAUUUCUAAAAAGAAACGACAAAACCUGUCUGAAUCUUCUAAUUAUGACUCGGAAUUAGAAAAAGAGAUAAAGAGUAUGAGUAAAAUUGGGGCUGCUAAAACAACUAAAAAAAGAGUUCCAAAUAAAAGAGAUGAUUCUUCUGAAGAUGAAAAACACAACAAAAAAGGAAUAGAUAAUCAAGGGCAGAAAGAAGGAUCAUCUGAUGAUGUUGAAAGGAAACAACAAAAAGAGAAUUUCUCUUCAGCAGAAGGUACAGUUAAUAAUGACAAGACCCUCAUAGAAUUAAGAGACCGUCUCUCUAAAAAUCAGCAGCCAAAUGUUUCCUCUGAUGGUGCUGAUAAGCCUUCUUCUGGAAAAGAGGAGAGUUUAAAUUCUCUAGAAGACAAAAAGGUUGCUGAAGCUAAAGAAAAGAGCAAACGUCUGAAAACCAAAAUUUGUAAGAAAGUACAGGGUGGCAUAUCUGAUGUUGCUGAGAAAUUCCCAAAGAAAGAGCAAAGUGACGAAUCCUCUGAAGAUGAUAAAAAGCAGAGUAAAAGGGGGAGUGAAGGAAAAGAAAAGAAAACUACAGAUUUCAAGAAAAAAAUUAAAAUGGAUCAACAAGAGGAAUCAUCAUCUGAUGGAAUGGAGAAAUCACCUGAGGGAGAAGAAAUUCAUUUUUCAAAGGGCAUAAAACAAAAUAAAAAUAGCACAACUGAUGGGGAAAAGAAAAGUAAAAAAAUAAAAGAUAAAACUUCUAAAAAGAAAGAAGAAUUACUUGAUAAUGCUGAGAAGUUACCAGGGAAAGGGGAUAGUUAUGACUCUUUAGAAGAGAAAAAGAAUAGGAAUGGAGCAUCUGGUAGAGCGAAGAAAAGGUCCAGCUUGUCUGAAAAGAGUUCAAGGAAGAGACAAGAUUGUUCGUCAUCUGAUACUGAGAAAUACUCUAUGAAAGAAGAUGGUUGUGAUUCUCCAGAUAAGAGACUGAGAAGAAUAGAACUGAGGGAAAGAAGAAACUUAAAUUCAAAGAGAAAUACCAAGGAAAUACAAAUUGGCUCAUCAUCUUCUGAUGCAGAAGAAAGUUCUGAAGAUAAUAAAAAGCAGAAGAGACAAAGAACAUCAGCUAAAACUAAGGCAGGCAAUAUCAAGGAUAAAAAGAGAAACUCCAUAAGAACAAGCACUAAAAGGAAGCAAGCGGACAUUACUUCCUCAUCUUCUUCUGAUAUAGGUGAUGAUGAUCAGAAUUCUAUAGGCGAAGGGAGCAGUGAUGAGCAGAAAAUUAAGCCCGUGACUGAAAAUUUAGUGGUAUCUUCACAUACUGGAUUUUGCCAAUCAUCAGUCUCACUUGAUUUGACACAUAAGAAGCUUUCUGUUAUUCACCAAGGACUUGGGCCAUCCUCUGCUGCUUUCCCAGGAGAUGAAGCUCUAUCUAAAUCAGUGCCUGUCACAGUGGAUGAUGAUGACGAUGACAAUGAUCCUGAGAAUAGAAUUGCCAAGAAGAUGCUUUUAGAAGAAAUUAAAGCCAAUCUUUCUUCUGAUGAGGAGGGAUCUUCAGAUGAUGAACCACAAGAAGGGAAAAAGAGAACUGGAAAACAAAAUGAAGAAAAUCCAGGAGAUGAGGAGGCAAAAAAUCAAGUCAAUUAUGAAUCAGAUUCAGAUUCUGAAGAAUCUAAGAAGCCAAGGUACAGACAUAGACUUUUGAGGCAUAAACUGUCUGUGAGUGAUGGUGAAUCUGGAGAAGAAAAAAAGACAAAGCCUAAAGAACAUAAAGAAGCCAAAAGCAGAAAUAGAAGGAAAGUGAGCAGUGAAGAUUCAGAAGAUUCUGAUUUUCAGGAGUCAGGAGUUAGUGAAGAAGUUUCUGAAUCUGAAGAUGAUCAACGGCCCAGAACAAGGUCUGCAAAGAAAGCAGAAUUGGAAGAAAAUCAGCGGAGUUAUAAACAGAAAAAGAAAAGGCGACGCAUUAAGGUUCAAGAGGAUUCAUCUUCUGAAAACAAGAGUAAUUCUGAAGAAGAAGAAGAAAAAGAAGAGGAGGAGGAAGAAGAGGAGGAGGAAGAUGAAAAUGAUGACUCUAAGUCUCCUGGAAAAGGCAGAAAAAAAAUUCGAAAAAUUCUUAAAGAUGAUAAACUAAGAACAGAAACACAGAAUGCUCUUAAAGAAGAGGAAGAAAGGAGAAAACGUAUUGCUGAGAGGGAGCGUGAGCGAGAGAAAUUGAGAGAGGUGAUAGAAAUUGAAGAUGCUUCACCUACCAAGUGUCCAAUAACAACCAAGUUGGUUUUAGAUGAAGAUGAAGAAACCAAGGAACCUUUAGUACAGGUUCAUAGAAAUAUGGUUAUCAAAUUGAAACCCCAUCAAGUAGAUGGUGUUCAAUUUAUGUGGGAUUGCUGUUGUGAGUCUGUGAAAAAGACAAAGAAAUCUCCAGGGUCAGGAUGCAUUCUUGCCCACUGCAUGGGCCUUGGUAAGACUUUACAGGUGGUAAGUUUUCUUCAUACAGUUCUUUUGUGUGACAAAUUGGAUUUCAGCACAGCUUUAGUGGUUUGUCCUCUUAAUACUGCUUUGAAUUGGAUGAAUGAAUUUGAGAAAUGGCAAGAAGGAUUAAAAGAUGAAGAAAAGCUCGAGGUCUCUGAAUUAGCAACUGUGAAACGUCCUCAGGAGAGAAGCUACAUGCUGCAGAGGUGGCAAGAAGAUGGUGGUGUUAUGAUUAUAGGUUAUGAGAUGUAUAGAAAUCUUGCUCAAGGAAGGAAUGUGAAGAGUCGGAAACUUAAAGAAAUAUUUAACAAAGCUUUGGUUGAUCCAGGCCCUGACUUUGUUGUUUGUGAUGAAGGCCAUAUUCUAAAAAAUGAAGCUUCUGCUGUUUCAAAAGCUAUGAAUUCUAUACGAUCAAGGAGGAGAAUUAUUUUAACAGGAACACCACUUCAAAAUAACCUAAUUGAAUAUCACUGUAUGGUUAACUUUAUCAAGGAAAAUUUGCUUGGAUCCAUUAAGGAGUUCAGGAAUAGAUUCAUAAAUCCAAUUCAGAAUGGUCAGUGUGCCGAUUCCACCAUGGUAGAUGUCAGAGUGAUGAAAAAACGUGCUCAUAUUCUCUAUGAGAUGUUAGCUGGAUGUGUUCAGAGGAAAGAUUAUACAGCAUUAACAAAGUUCCUGCCUCCAAAACAUGAAUAUGUGUUAGCUGUGAGAAUGACUCCUAUUCAAUGCAAGCUCUAUCAGUACUACUUAGAUCACUUAACAGCAGGUGUAGGUAAUAGCAGUGAAGGCGGAAGAGGAAAGGCAGGUGCAAAACUUUUCCAAGAUUUUCAGAUGUUAAGUAGAAUCUGGACUCAUCCUUGGUGUUUACAGCUGGACUAUAUUAGCAAAGAAAAUAAGGGAUAUUUUGAUGAAGACAGUAUGGAUGAAUUUAUAGCUUCAGAUUCAGAUGAGACCUCCAUGAGUUUAAGCUCCGAUGAUUAUACAAAAAAGAAGAAAACAAAGGGAAAAAAGGGGAAAAAAGAUAGUAGCUCAAGUGGAAGUGGCAGUGACAAUGAUGUUGAAGUGAUUAAAGUAUGGAAUUCAAGGUCUCGAGGAGGUGGUGACGGAAAUGUGGAUGAAACAGGAAACAACCCUUCAGUUUCUUUGAAGCUGGAAGAAAGUAAAGCUACUUCCUCUUCUAAUCCAAGCAGCCCAGCUCCAGAUUGGUACAAAGAUUUUGUUACAGAUGCUGAUGCUGAGAUUUUAGAACAUUCUGGAAAAAUGGUACUUCUCUUUGAAAUUCUUCGGAUGGCAGAGGAAAUUGGAGAUAAAGUCCUUGUUUUCAGCCAGUCUCUCAUAUCUCUGGAUUUGAUAGAAGAUUUUCUUGAAUUGGCUAGUAGAGAGAAAACAGAAGAUAAAGAUAAACCCCUUAUUUAUAAAGGUGAAGGGAAGUGGCUCCGAAACAUUGACUACUAUCGUUUAGAUGGUUCUACUACUGCACAGUCAAGGAAGAAGUGGGCUGAAGAAUUUAAUGAUGAAACUAAUGUGAGAGGGCGAUUGUUUAUCAUUUCCACCAAAGCAGGAUCUCUUGGAAUUAAUCUGGUAGCUGCUAAUCGAGUAAUUAUAUUUGAUGCUUCUUGGAAUCCAUCUUAUGACAUCCAGAGUAUAUUCAGAGUUUAUCGCUUUGGACAGACUAAGCCUGUUUAUGUAUAUAGGUUCUUAGCUCAGGGAACCAUGGAAGAUAAGAUUUAUGAUCGGCAAGUAACUAAGCAGUCACUCUCCUUUCGAGUUGUUGAUCAGCAGCAGGUUGAGCGUCAUUUUACUAUGAAUGAGCUUACUGAACUUUAUACUUUUGAGCCAGACUUAUUAGAUGACCCUAAUUCAGAAAAGAAGAAGAAGAGAGAUACUCCCAUGCUGCCAAAGGAUACUAUACUUGCAGAACUUCUUCAGAUACAUAAAGAACACAUUGUAGGAUAUCAUGAACAUGAUUCUCUUUUGGACCACAAAGAAGAAGAAGAGUUGACUGAAGAAGAAAGAAAAGCAGCUUGGGCGGAGUAUGAAGCUGAGAAGAAGGGACUGACCAUGCGUUUCAACAUACCAACUGGGACCAAUUUACCCCCUGUCACUUUCAGCGCUCAGACUCCUUAUAUUCCUUUCAAUUUGGGAGCCCUAUCAGCAAUGAGUAAUCAACAGCUGGAGGAUCUUAUCAACCAAGGAAGAGAAAAAGUUGUGGAAGCAACAAACAGUGUGACAGCCGUGAGGAUUCAGCCUCUUGAAGAUAUAAUUUCAGCUGUAUGGAAGGAAAACAUGAAUCUCUCAGAGGCCCAAGUACAGGCACUAGCAUUAAGUAGACAAGCCAGCCAGGAGCUUGAUGUUAAACGAAGAGAGGCAAUCUACAACGAUGUAUUGACCAAACAACAGAUGUUAAUCAGCUGUGUUCAGCGAAUACUUAUGAACCGAAGGCUCCAACAGCAGUACAAUCAGCAACAGCAGCAACAAAUGACUUAUCAACAAGCAACACUGGGUCACCUCAUGAUGCCAAAGCCUCCAAAUUUAAUCAUGAAUCCUUCUAACUACCAGCAGAUUGAUAUGAGAGGAAUGUAUCAGUCAGUGGCUGCUGGUAUGCAGCCACCACCAUUACAGCGUGCACCACCCCCAAUGAGAAGCAAAAAUCCAGGACCUUCCCAAGGGAAAUCAAUGUGAUUUUGCACUAAAAGCUUAAAGGAUUGUUAAAAUCAUAGAAAGAUCUUUUAUUUUUUUAGGAAUCAAUGACUUAACAGAACUCAACUGUAUAAAUAGUUUGGUCCCCUUAAAUGCCAAUCUUCCAUAUUAGUUUUAAAUUUUUUUAAAUAGGGCAUACCAUUUCUCCCUGACAUUUGUCAGUGAUGUUGCCUAGAAUCUUCUUACACACAAUGAGUACAGAAGAUAUUUCAAAUUGUUUUCAGUGAAAACAAGUCCUUCCAUAACAAUAACAGCUCCACAGAUUUCCUCUCUAAAUUUUUAUGCCUGCUUUUAGCAACCAUAAAAUUGUCAUAAAAUUAGUGAAUUUAGGAAAGAAUAAAGAUUUAUAUAUUCGUUCUUUACAUAUAAAAACACACAGCUGAGUUCUUAGAGUUGAUUCCUCAAGUUAUUAAAUACUUUUGUACUUAAUCCAUUUCUUGAUUAAAGUGAUUGAAAUGGUCUUAAUGUUCUUUUAACUGAAGUCUGAAACUGGGCUCCUGCUAUAUCAUCUCUAUGAUUGAAAGUUAGAAACUAAGGGUUAUCUUUGACACAGAAUGUGUGCAAUAUUCUUAAAUACUACUGCUCUAAAGUUGGAGGAGUCUUGCAGUUAUCUUAGCAUUGUAUAAACAGCCUUAAGUACAGCCUAAGAAGAGAAUUCCUUUUUCUUCUUUAGUCUUUCUGCCAUUUUUUAUUUUCAGUUAUAUGUGCUGAAAUAAUUACUGGUAAAAUUUCAGGGUUGUGGAUUAUCUUCCACACAUAAAUUUUCUCUCUCCUGGCACUAAUAUAAAGCACAUCUCUUAACUGCAUGGUGCCAGUGCUAGUGCUUCAUCCUGUUGCUGGCAGUGGGAUGUGGACUUAAGAAAAAUCAAGUUCUAGCAUUUUAGGAGGUUGACACUGAAGUGUGGUUGUUAGGUUCACACCCUGUUUCAUAAACAACAUCAAAAUGGCAGAACCAUUGCUGACUUUAAGUUCACACGAGGAAUGUGCUUUAACAAUUCCCAGUACUGUCAGUAUUGUGAAAUAAUUCCUCUUAAAGAUAAGGAUCACUGGCUUCUAUGCUCUUCUUUUCUCUCAUCAUUUUCUUUUCCCCCAGUUUAACUUGAAUUUUCUAAAACUAUUUCAGAGUUUGGUAGUUUUCUCAGUUUAGCUCUGUGAGGCAAUUUUCUGAUCCAAAUGAAUUCAUCUAAUACCCUGUCAUGAUAUUUUACUAGAAAAUCAUUACAUGUUCUUUUAUCUUCAUAUAGGUCUACAAAAAUGGCCUAUAAUUUUAUUCAUGUAUACUUUGGUUGCUUGAAUUUCUUAAAGAAAAGGAUUGUUUCUUACUAUGGGAGUCAACUCAACAUGGCAAAACCAUUUUUGAGAUGGUGAUGUAACAAAUAGUGGAAAAACAGCUAAAGAAUUCCAGAAAAAAAGCUGGGCUGAGGAUUUGCUCUAGGUAUCACUGGAUUCGAAUGAAUUUAACAUUAGCUAAAACUGUUUUGAGCUGUUUGGAUGAUAAAGAGAUUUCCAUUUUUAUCUUGGAAGAACUAGCGGUAAAACAUCUAAGAGCACUAAGUUUGUGAUAUAGAAUUUAUGAGGUUUAGUGGAUCUACCCCACACCCCCCACUUUCCCAUGGUAAGAUGUCAUUGACAAAUUCCAUAUAUUUGGAUAUUAUGCCAGCCAUAUAAUCAGAUUUCUUUAUUGGGGGGGGUGACAAUUGUGUGUGUUUACUUUAGAAGAGAUGAAAAGAGACAAGAUUUAUGAGAUAAAUAUUUGAAGGCAGUAUGCUCUGGCUAACUGUUAUCAGUUGGUAUUUCUACAAGUCCAGAAUACUUUGAACCUGAUUUACUAGACUUGGGAAUUUUUAACACGGUCUAAAUUAUUUACUCAAAGACAUAGAUGUGAAAAUUUUAGGCAGUCUUCUAAAUCUUUUUCACCAUGGAUGGAAACUAUGAUAUAAAGAAGAAUACUUAGGAGGAUUAAUUGGAAAUCAGAGAGUUCGAAAUAAAACUUGGACCACUUUGCAUACACUCUUCUCACUUGACAUUUUAGCUACAUAAUAUGUACUUUGAGUAUAACAUCAAGUUUUAACAAAUAUUUAAAGACAAAAUCAUGUCAAUAAGAUACUAAAAGGCUCAUUUUUAUAUUUGUUUUAGAUGUUUUAAAUAGUUGCAAUGGCUUAAAAAUGACGAUUUAAAAUGUUGCUUGUAAUACAGUUUUGCCUGCUAAAUUCUCCACAUUUUGUAACCUGUUUUAUUUCUUUGGGUGUAAAGCGUUUUUGCUUAGUAUUGUGAUAUUGUAUAUGUUUUGUCCCAGUUGUAUAGUAAUGUUUCAGUCCAUCAUCCAGCUUUGGCUGCUGAAAUCAUACAGCUGUGAAGACCUUGCCUUUGUUUCUGUUAGACUGCUUUUCAGUUCUGUAUUGAGUAUCUUAAGUACUGUAGAAAAGAUGUCACUUCUUCCUUUAAGGCUGUUUUGUAAUAUAUAUAAGGACUGGAAUUGUGUUUUUAAAGAAAAGCAUUCAAGUAUGACAAUAUACUAUCUGUGUUUUCACCAUUCAAAGUGCUGUUUAGUAGUUGAAACUUAAAACUAUUUAAUGUCAUUUAAUAAAGUGACCAAAAUGUGU